AUGGAUGGAGGGAGGAUAGCUGUGCAAGUGGAAGACAAAGUAGUGAGAGUAAAAAACAUGAAGUUGGAGGGGCGCCUUGAUGGACGACUGGAGUCUCCAGGGUCCUCCAGAGAGAGACUGAUGGAGUUUGGCUUUGAUUACUGUUACUGGUCAGUGGACCCUCAAGGUCCAAAUUAUGCUUCACAAGAGGAGGUGUUUCAGGACCUGGGUGUGUCAGUGCUGGCUGGGGCAUCAGAGGGCUAUAAUGUGUGCCUUUUUGCGACUCCAUUGGACUUACGCCCAGGAUCUGUCAAUUUCAUAGAAAUCUAUAAUGAGCGUGUACGUGAUUUGCUAAGACCGGCGGACCAGAAGAAACCAGUCUCCCUGCGGGUCAGAGAGCACCCAGAAAAGGGGCCCUAUGUUCAGGGUCUCUCUCAGCAUGUGGUAUCAGAUUACAAGCAGGCAGUGGACUUGCUGGAGGAAGGCAUCGCCAAUCGUAUCACAGCAGCUACACACAUUCAUGAUGCCAGCAGCCGAUCUCACGCCAUCUUCACUAUCCAGUACACACAGGCUAUUCUUGAAAACAACCUCCCCUCAGAAAUAGUCAGCAAGAUCAAUCUUGUGGAUUUGGCUGGCAGUGAGCGGGCAGAUCCUCACUACUGCCGGGACAGAAUCACAGAGGGAGCCAACAUCAAUAAAUCCCUAGUCACUCUUGGCAUUGUUAUCUCCACUCUUGCUCAGAAUUCCCAGAUGUUUAGUAGCAGUCAGAGCAUUAAUAGUGUGGCCAGUGAGGGGGAGGGUAGUACAGUGGGCAGUCAGUCCAGCUCUCUGUCCGGCAGUGGUCGAAGGCACUGCUUCAUCCCCUACAGAGACUCCGUCCUUACCUGGCUCCUCAAAGACAGCCUUGGAGGCAACUCCAAGACCAUCAUGAUUGCAACCAUCUCUCCCUCAUGUAGCAGCUACAAUGAAACUUUGAGUACCCUUCGCUAUGCUGCCCAUGCAAGAAACAUUGUCAACAAGCCCCGAGUCAAUGAGGAUGCUAACGUGAAGCUGAUCAGGGAACUGCGGGAGGAAAUUGAUCGGCUAAAGAGCAUGCUGCUGAGCUUUGAAAUGCGGAGAAACCUGAGUCCCUCACUUAGUGAUGAGCGAGAUGGAAGUUUCUCUGACAUAGUGCUACAGAAUGAGCUGAAGGUGGAGCAGCUGACAAGGGACUGGUCUGAUAGCUGGGGUGAUAAGCGUGCAUUGCUAGAGCAGUACGGAGUGGACAUAAACCAAGACAGGGCAGGGGUGCUGAUCCACUCUCUUCUGCCUCAUCUCGUUGCCCUGGACCGGGACGUCCUCAGCACGGGAAUCACAAUCUACCAUUUGCCGUAUUAA